UUAUGGAUGAUAUGUCACGAGUAAUCUUUCAAUAUCUCCGAAGAGUGAAAAGUUACUGUACAAUGCGGGCUCGUUUACUUUCAUCAAUUACUAAUGCCAUACGCCUGGUAGAAAUCGUACCAAUAUGAAAAGAACCAUCGACACGAUGGUUGGUGGCUCUUAAAAAUGUUGGACCUUUGGCCGUUAUCCGUCUUUUACCGUGUAUAUUUUGGAACUAUGAAGUUCAAAGAGCGUUUUGCGUUUUGUAUUUGUAUUGUUCUUCUUGUUAUUCCAUUCAUUUGGUUACGAAUGCGCGCGGCGGACGAAAAGCAUCCAUUGUUGUUUUCUGUUAGUAGUCAGAAUUCACGAUUUCUUGCGGAUGAAACGGAUUAUAACGGAAUUGAUCAUUCUCAUGUCAAUAUACAACGAUCAGAGGAAGGAACAAAUCAUCUCAAAACGAACCGAAAAGAUGUGGAUCGAUCGCUAGAAAAAAGAUCUGCACCUACGGUUACGAAUCAUGAGGACAAGGACGGUGAAAAGAAAGUAGAGAAAAAUAUUGGAAAAAAUAACGAUAUAGACUACGAAUUUGAUGAUCCCUGGUCUAUAUGGGAAAACAUGGUAAAGUCACGACAAAUAACGUCUCCAGACGAUGUAGAUGGAGUGAAUAUGAUACUAGAGGGCAUGAUGUAUAAACCGAUUGUGGCGGCCAACGUUGGCGUUAGAGGGACGCAGUUAAAAGCCACCUUAACUCUUGAGGGUAAACAGAGAGUAGUAUUUAAGCCAAUGCGGUACCGCAGAGAUUUUAUAGUAGAGGGAACUCCAUAUGCUGGUUUUGAUAGACACAAUGGAGAGAUUGCUGCAUUUCAUUUGGAUAGAAUUUUAGGUUUCUACCGGGCACCACCAGUUGUUGGAAGAAAAAUAAACUUAGAAGAUGAAAUAGAACCAAUUGGAGACAAGAGGCUUCUGGACACAUUCUUUAAGAAAGAUGGAAAUACUUGCUUCUAUGGCCAAUGCUACUAUUGUAACAAAAAGGAUGCUGCCUGUGCCAAUGGUACAAUCAUGGAAGGCUCAGUAACACUGUGGCUACCAAAAGGAUGGAAUCUUGGAAAGUGGGCACAUCCUUGGAUAAGAGCAUACAGUGGCACCAGAAAGGCUCUAUGGGAGACUGACAAUAACUACUGCAAGAACAAGGUUUUGAACAAGCCUCCAUAUAAUUUUGGUCCUCGCUUGUUAGAUCUCUUGGACACAGCACUGUUUGACUUCAUAAUCGGCAAUGCAGACAGGCAUCACUACGAAACCUUUAAAGACGAGGGAGACACUGGAAUGCCACUGCAUCUGGAUAAUGCUAAGAGCUUCGGCGAUCCUUAUCGCGAUGAAAUGUCCAUCUUGGCUCCUAUCUAUCAAUGUUGCAGACUUCGCCUUUCCACUUGGAACCGCUUUCAAUCUAUCGCCAGAGGGAAGAUGUCUCUAAGUGAACUUUUACGGAAAGCCACCGAGAAUGAUCCUGUGUCACCGGUACUUUCCGAUCCACACUUCAAAGCCAUCGACAGAAGAUUGAAAAUUAUUGUUAACACAGUAAAUAAGUGUCUUGAAGAUCAUGGAGAGGAAAGAGUUUUAAUUAUCGAAGAUAUGGUUUAAAAUUUCAUCUCAAAAGCAGUAUUUAUUUGGAAUAUGUCGACCUUAAUUAGAAAAUAUGUUAGGUCAAUCUAUAAAUGUACUUUCGUGGAUAUUUUUGGAAAGGGGGGUUUCACGUUCUUCUCAAG